UUUCUCCCUCUCUCUCUCUCUCUCUCUGGGUCAUGAAUUAAUUAUAUAAGCCCGUGCAUGGGCGCCCAGUUCAUUCUAUUCAAUUCAGUUCAAUUCUCUCUGGGCCGGCCGGGAAGCUAAUUGUCGCAGAGCAUCUUUAUGUUAGCUAUGGGCUGUGCGAGUGUGCGUGGGGUUGCGUUGAUUCCCGCGCUGCUGCUUCUGCUACUCAUCAGCGGCGACGCGGGCGGCGUUAACAUAGGAAAUUAUGGGAAGAAGAAAAAGAUUAUUCCAACGACGGCAGAGGGGCCCUUCAAGCCGGUGACGGUCACCCUGGACAGCGCAUUCCGAGGGCGAGCGGAGGACUUGCCCCACACCCAUCCUGCCCUUCAAACCAACGGCGCCCUCCCCUUCCACCCCCAGCAGAUCUCCAUCUCCCUCUCCGCAACCUUCGACUCUGCUUGGGUCUCCUGGGUCACAGGGGAAUUUCAAAUUGGAAACAACAUUAAACCAUUAGAUCCCAAAUCUGUUGCAAGUGUUGUUUGCUUUGGGAAGCUUAAACACCAUCUUGUUCAUAAAGCCAAAGGUUACUCCCUUGUUUACAGCCAACUUUAUCCUUUUGAAGGACUCCAGAACUAUACUUCUGGAAUUAUUCACCAUGUUCGUCUCACAGGAUUGAAGCCCAACGCCAAAUAUUACUAUCGAUGCGGAGAUCCUUCUCGGGGAGCCAUGAGUGAUAUUUAUCACUUCAGAACUAUGCCAGUGAGCAAUCCAAGGACAUACCCCAGCAGAAUAGGAGUUGUAGGAGACCUGGGUCUUACAUACAACACAACUUCAACGGUUGCCCACUUGAUGAGCAAUAAGCCUGAUCUUAUUCUACUGAUUGGGGACGUAUGUUAUGCCAACAUGUACCUUACUAAUGGAACUGGAUCGAAUUGUUACUCUUGCACGUUUUCCCAAACUCCCAUUCACGAAACUUAUCAGCCUCGGUGGGACUACUGGGGAAGGUAUAUGCAGCCCCUACUGUCCAAAGUUCCAAUAAUGGUGGUCGAAGGAAACCAUGAGCUCGAAGAACAGGUUGGAAAUCAGACGUUCAUGGCCUACAGUUCUCGAUUCGCAUUCCCAUCUAAAGAAAGUGGAUCUUUCUCCGCUUUCUACUACUCUUUCAAUGCAGGGGGGAUACACUUCAUAAUGCUGGGUACCUACACUUCUUAUGACAGAUCAUCGGAUCAAUAUAAGUGGUUGCAGAGAGACCUGGCUGCUGUUGACAGAAAAGUGACUCCAUGGUUGGUAGCUACAUGGCACGCUCCGUGGUACAGCACCUACAAGGCACAUUACAGAGAAGUUGAGUGUAUGAGGGUGGAGAUGGAAGACAUGCUUUAUAACUAUGGUGUUGACAUAGUCUUCAAUGGACAUGUUCAUGCGUAUGAGAGGUCGAACCGAAUAUACAACUACACUUUGGACCCUUGUGGCCCAGUUUAUAUAACGAUUGGUGAUGGAGGCAAUAUAGAGAAGAUGGCAGUAGCACAUGCUGAUGAACCUGGUAACUGUCCAAACCCUAAAAAGCAAGAGCAUAAGGAUGGCUUCUGCGCGUUCAACUUCACAUCAGGCCCGGCAGCGGGCAAGUUCUGUUGGGACCGGCAGCCUGAUUAUAGCGCUUACAGAGAAAGCAGCUUUGGCCAUGGGAUCCUAGAGAUGAAAAAUAAGACACAUGCUCUCUGGACAUGGCACCGGAAUCAGGAUUUAUACAACGAAGCUGGAGAUCAAAUUUACAUCGUAAGGCAGCCUGAUAGGUGCCCGGUUAAGCCACCAAGGUCAAUUCUUGAGUGACAAAAUCGAUCGGAAAUAAAUCGAUCAUACGAAGAAAAGGGGAAAUUGGAAGUGGAGUACAAAGGAUUGAAAGAGUAUUUGGCCAGCAUUAUCGUCAUCUUCUCCUUUCAAUCUCUAGAUAGAAUAAAAUAAAAUAAUCAGUUGUUAUGUUUCACCUUGUGGAAUUACUCCCAUAGAAAUGUUUUUUCUUAAACAUAAAUAAAUGGCAUUGUUUCCCAAA